AAAUAGAGCAUACACCAUCUUCAGAAGCAUUCCACGCUGAUUACGCAAGGGCAGGAUGCCAAUCACCUUUACAUGAAUGUCUGGGGUCACUCAAAAAGAGUCAGAAACAACCCAUUGUUUUGUACAAGUGUCCGUGUUAGCGCUUCCGUAGCACCAGAGUCCUAUAAAGGCAGCAACUGUCACCCCCUUCUUGAACGUUGAUCAGUAGGUCUGUAGAGCUUAACGUGCAAGUCCCUGACUGAUUAGCAAGCUUUCUAACACGAUGGCAAGUGUUGAAACAUCGUCGAGCAGGCCCUACCAUAUCAUUAUUUUCGGAGGUUCUGGUUUUACUGGUCAGUAUGUGGUCGAGGAGGUGGCACGAACGGUCUCGGAGGGUCCGAGUGGGACCCUGAGAUGGGCUGUCGCCGGCAGAAGCAAGGCGAAACUGGAGAAAGUUCUGGAGCAGGCGGCCGGCGCACUGAGUAAACCAGAGCUGAGGACAGUAGACAUCAUUGUAUCAGAUGUAAAAGAACCAGACUCAUUAGCAGCAAUGUGCAAACAGGCUGUGAUUGUCCUCAACUGUGUGGGGCCUUACAGGUUCUAUGGUGAACCGGUAGUCAAGGCCUGUGUAGAGAAUGGAGCCCAUUGCCUUGACAUCUCUGGGGAGCCUCAGUUUCUAGAGGGCAUGCAACUGAACUACCACAGCGAGGCAGCUAAGAAGGGAGUGUACAUCGUAGGAAGCUGUGGCUUUGACUCCAUCCCUGCUGACAUGGGAGUCCUCUAUACCAGGGACCAGUUCAGGGGUACACUGACAGCAGUUGAAAGCUUCCUCACGGCCAGUGCAGGACCAGAGGGCGCCAGCGUCCACGACGGUACAUGGCAGUCGGCCAUCUAUGCUGCUGCUAACGGCGCCAGUCUCCGCAGCCUCAGGAGGAAGUUCAAAUACCAGCCACUUCCUGUAGUUGGGGCUAAGAUUAAACGACGGAGCGCCCUGUUCUACAGCAAUGAAGUGCAGCAGUAUGCGGUGCCCUUCAUGGUCACAGACCCGUCUGUAGUGAAGAGAACGCAGCGCUUUCUGGCCGAGGAGCAGCAAGAGUCGCCCGUCCAGUAUGGUGCAUAUGUAGGAGUAGGAGGAGUGGGUAACAUCAUCAAGAUGCUGGUUGCUGGCAUGAUGUUCAUGUUGCUGACGAAGUUCAACUUUGGAUGCAACCUACUCAUCAAGUACCCAGAAUUCUUCUCCUUUGGUUUAUUCACAAAGGCCGGACCAACCAAAAGUCAGAUUAAGGACGCAUCCUUCCAGUUUGCCUUCUAUGGAGAAGGAUACACCGAGGGAAAAGACCCUUCCCAGGGAAAACCUGAUGGCAAGAUUCGUACUCUGGUCCAGGGGCCCGAGGCUGUGUAUGUAGCUACCCCCAUCGCCAUGGUGCAGGCGGCGCUCACCAUCCUCAAUGAACCCAAUGUUCUGCCCAGGACGGGAGGAGUCUACACUCCCGGAGCAGCUUUCGGCAAGACUACGCUGAUCGACCGCCUCCACAAACAUGGCAUCCAGUUCUCCGUGAAAUAGAGGUUGACUCCUAAACGAUGAUAUUGUAGACCCAAAUGAGUACAAGAACGAGAAGAUGGAUUUAGCUUGAGUCCAGGCUCCGGAGACGUCCGUUUCCUCCCCUUCUGAUAUCAUUUGAUUACCGUAGAUUACCGAGUCUCAUUUGGAUGAACAUGCCAUUGACCUUCUGCCAAAUGGACCUCAUGCCCAUUGCAUCAUAUGUUUACCGGAGAAAAACUGGCAUGAAAUAGGUUUAGUUGAAGUCUAAAAAAAGAAAGUAAAAAAUAUUUGGAACUCAACUAAACCAUACCAAAAUAAGUCCCUUAGGUGACCCUUGUGUCAGCUUGCAUAAAUGUUUACAAAGAAAUAACAUGCAGGAUUGAAUUUUUUUAUUUUGUGUUCUGGAAGUGGAACGCCCUUCUGACUAUUACACUAUAAAAGUGUACACUGGAGGGCAGUGCUGAGGCUUAAUCAUCGGGUGCAUAUGUGUUUGCCCUCUGUUUAUUAUAUAUGGUUCAAUUGGAAAGGCAGAUUGAGGGAUAUGGAAAUGUGCCCCUCUCAUCAGUGCUUAUACAUGCCUGGCUAAAUGCCCUGGCCUGCUUUCAAUAAUAAACUACAUUUUUUGCAAAACAGUUA